CUGGAAUCCAGCAGCUUUUCUCGGUUGUAGAAGUGCAUUCCAAUGAUUCAUUGAUAUUUGAUUUGAUUAUUUACACAGUGAGCUGGACUUUGAAAGUGACUACUGAUUGAUUGAGAUGAACCAAAAUAUGGGCAGCUUCCCCUUUUUAAGCCUCCUUCAACAUUCUUUCUCUUUUUAAGCCCGACGCCCCGAUCCCCGUGACUAUUAUUCCCCACGCUUUGACUGUACUUUUUCCCGACUUGUUGGGCUUGAUGAAUGAUUUGAAAAAUUUGUGUUGUUUUUGAGCAGGACCCUUCUUUCUUAUAUUUUCCCGAUUCAUGAUCUAUUUCAAACUUGAUGAUGCGAGUCUACUCGGCAAUCUGCCUAAGAUUUCCCUGGUAAAUUCUACCCGCUAGUCUAGCUUGUUGCCGAAUCGUCAGCGGUUUCCCGACGGUUCCUGUUGAUCCCGAUUCCUGAUCUAUCGUCUUACUGUUCUUAGAACCUUAACGUUUACUUCCUUUGGUCAUGUAAUCGAAGAUAUCGAAUCGUGCGUGUGAUUUUAAUAAAUUAACAGUUGUAAGAACUAACAGUAACUUCAACUUCUAUCUAGAGAUAUUAAAAGUAGAACAAAAUGAAUCUCAAAUUUACGUUUCGUGGUACGUCCUUUGACGUCCCAUUUGGCGAUCACGGGGAGGACCGAUUGGAGAUUCUGUUCGACAUGCUCAAGGAGCUGUACGACGUACGACCUGAAAGUUGCAGGAUCGUGUACCAAGGUCGCAAGAUUUCUCCCUAUGCCAGAGCCAGAGAUAUGGUUUUGGCAUUGAUGCCAAGUAAGGGACGGGGAGGAAGAGCUUCGAGUACACCGACUAAGCCUAAGGGUCGUGGCGACGAAGUGGAAGAUGAUACAGAGGGUGGAGCCAAGAAAAUUCCUGGGGGACCUGGCACGUCGAGCUCGCCUCCAUCUCUGAAAAAACCAAAGGAGAACAACCCAAAGGAGAACGAUGGCGCACAAGAGGAAGCAGACUCGCACCUUCCUCUUCCAACAAGUGUGAAGAUUAUGGUAGUUGGGAGUACCGAGAAGGACAUCGAUUUCUUCCAAUCUGCGCGUGCAGAUCCACUGGUGAAGGGCUUUGACGCAUUGGCUAGGGAUGAGAAAGCGCGCAGACGUCGCUUGAGGAAGUUGGCGAAGGAAGCGUCAGGUUGGGGAGGCAGUAAAAUGCAUCCGGAGUUUUAUGUGACGAGUUGUAGAUUAUACUAGAAAUAGAAUGAGUAUUGUGAUGUAGAAGAAGAAGUAGAGUUGAUAUCAUUAAUUCAAAAUCAAAUCGAAUUGCCAAGUGUGUGUUGCAGCGACCUAGGACGAUGAACUCAAUACAUUUUUUAAUUACCUCAACAAGAAUCUUCUCUUCCUCUUCUAAACCUCCUGCUUCCGAAAGAUCGUGGCAGAGUACAAGUACAACACUCCGACGCCGUUUGAAGCAGAGAAAUUGCUGAGAAAACUAGCCCACGAUCCGGCAAUUGUGAAGAUCAUGACGGAUUACAGGUAUACAGCGAUCCUCUGAUCUGUGAUUCUCCUGUGACUGUGAUUCUCGUUCCUCUCUGUGCUCGAUGAUCAGGGUUUUCUAGUUGUAACUUUGAAGCUCUCUAUUUCUAUAGAUACAUCCAUUUCCAUAGUUCUUGUGGGAUAGUCAUAGGGCCUCAAGAUACAUACAUCCAUAGUUGUGGGAUAGUCAUAGCCCCCUCACCGUCACGACCGUCACCCUGAUUCACUUCUACGUACCUCGGAAAUGAGUCCGUACCUUUUCCAACUACACCCAGUCUCAGCGUCCAUCUCCUCACGGAAAUGAGUCCGUACCUUUUCCAACUACACCCAGUCUCACCGUCCAUCUCCUCACGGAAAUGAGUCCUGCUGAGGCCCAAGAACGCAUGGCUAUGGAAGGCAAAGACGGCGAUCUUUUGGGCUUUAACGAAAACUAUGGUGCCCGAAUAGUCCUUCGACUCCGGACCGACGAUACAAAGGGGUUUCGGCCGUAUUACGAUCUCGUGAACACCUUGAUCCACGAGUUGGUGCACAACACGUUUGGCCCACAUGACGACAAAUUCUGGAACUUGUUUUUAUGAAAAUGGAGUUACAUAUGGUGCCCUUCUUCGGGAGUGAAGUACUGUAUUUAAUCGUCCCAUCGACAGUUUCGAAAUACUGCACAGGGCGAAACUCCAUUCCAUACUACAACUACAAGGACCCUACCAUACCAUACAACUACAAGGAUUAUGAAUUGCAAUGGUUCAUCAACGUCACUACUCGACCAUGACUAGUACUAGAAGAUGAGGGCCCUCAACUAAUACCAAUUGCUUAUGCUUCUCAUCCUACUUUUUCAACCUUUUCGUCUUCCCACCUCCCUUCUCCCUUCCCUUCUUUCAUUCUUCCGGAAAUACAAGAAGGAAUACGACGCAUUCCAUGACUUCUACUCUCGCGGUGGGCAAACAGCUGGUGGUUUCUCCGCAGCUGCAGACAGAGCAGAUUCGAGUGACGAUGAAAAACCACAACGUCUAGGUGGAUCUGAGGAUGUUAUGGAUGAAUGUUCAAGAUACUGUGCAGUUUCAAUAUUUUGAGCUUCAUUUGAUGGAUGGUCCUAGGUUUGAUCUCUCUAUUCUGGACCAAAGCAACAUGUUUUAGGCCUUCCGAAACAAAAUAUAUUUUCUGUCUGUCACAGAGUACCUUGUGUUCGAUCUUCUUCUACCUCUAAGGACAUUUUGAUGCAGGAAGGCGGCAAUUCGCGAGAAGCCAGAGCUGCACUCGCAGAAAAGAGGAUGAAGAUGCAGCAAGUUGCAGUUGGCUCUACUCUAUCUCCAGCACAGAAGCCUCCGUCUCUAUCUCCUCGUACUCUACCUCCUGAGCAGCAGCAUGAUCCAAGUUUGAUGGAGCGAUGCCCUUGUGGUAUAUGCAUGAACGGCCAGAAGUUCGUGCCUCCAAAUCGAGAGGAUGGAUGCGCCAUCGCUAGCACAACACCUUUUUUAGAGGAUGCGGAGGCGCUGCUGGAUAAGGAGGAGGAGCUAGCGAAAGCGAUGGAGAUAGUAGAUGCAGCGGACGAUGUAGUAGAGGAUGUACAGAUGAAAGAUCAAGAAGGUGCUUUGGGUACAACAGAGCAGGUGUUGAAAAGGGAAGUAGAGGUAAAUCAAGAUCCAACACCACCAGCACCAGGACCACCACAAGCACCUGUGCCCAGCCAACAAGAGCAACAGCCCGAAGCUGUAGACGACGAGCCAGAAAUCCCACCCAUAGACGAGGCAGAAUGGUCCAUGCUGAUUGGCCAUGAGGGCGCGCAGUUACUGCUGUCGCUUCGGAAGAGCCUGCUUGAUAUCAGAGCUAAAGCGAAAGAAGCGCAUAAAUUGGCCCUAGCGUCCUCAUCUAAGCCUAGCAACGGAACUUCAGGUGGUACAAGUACAUCGAACACCACUUCUGCAGCUGGUAAACCUUCAACUUUCAGUAGUAAGGACCUCUUUUCCGUUCCUCAUCGACUAUGCAAGAACCUAAUCGAGAAUCUUGGGGAAGACAAAUUCAGAUCUGUGCCACUGACCAAUGCGAAGGUGAAAGCCUUCAUUGAAAUUGGCGGAUUACCUGUCCUAGAGGCUAUGGGCUUUCGGAAAGUGUCGCCUGACCGCUUAGCUAUUGCUCCAGCAAGGUUCGAUCCUGGACGGUUGAUCAUGGUUAGAGACAUGCUGGAGCAGUUCAUGGGCUGAUCAUGGUGUGGACAUACGCUUACCCCUUCAUACUGUUGAUCCUCUACCGCUCCUCUUAUAUUUCGUUUUGUGAACAAAAACAAUCUCCUAGCUGCAUAUGAUUCAUUUUGACCUCUGCGUCGAUACUUCUUGAUACUUUUGUUGAUCAUUCUUCCACGCGCAAGCGCAUCCUGUAAAAGAAUUUGUUCUUCUGAUCAUGUACAGACUGUUGUAAAAGUAAAUGUCCAGUAGCACCACUGUUUGGAUUUGCGCACACGGAUUGGCGUGCAUUUAGUCGUAGUUGCUUCGUGUUGCAUGCUCUUCGUUCCUGCAUCUUCGUUACAUUCAAGAUGCAGCCGGAAAAACCUUUACACAAAAUGAACCCAUAUAUGACGGGAGAUACGCAGGGACACAUCACACGAUGCCUGUGGUCGAGAAAAAACAAAGAGCCAUCUUCAUUUCAAGGAGCUUGCUCUUGUCACUGCAAACUGCAUUCUACCAUUUCUGAAAAUUUCUGACCUCUUCUGGUGUAUUUGAGUCGAAUAUCGG